UGUAGUUUCCUACGGCCCGCGAAUGCACCGCCAGGUUUUCGUCCUGACGUAAUCGACAAACGUCGAGAAGGGGGCGGAGCCCGACGGAAAGAUGGCGUUUUUACGCUGUAGAAGAGAUCCCUGUGGUGUUAUUUGCCUGGUUUUAACUUAUUUCAGCGUGCUUUACGCGGACUAUGUGGUCAUACAGUAUGUUCUCAUCCCUGCCUACGCUGACAGUGUUUGGGGAAUGCUGCAUGGAUCCUUGUUCAACCUGAUCCUGCUGCUGCUGCUGGCCUGCCACUCCAAAGCCGUCUUCUCAGAUCCUGGCAUGGUGCCGCUCCCGGACACGGCCUUGGACUUCUCAGACCUGCGAUCUCAGUCGUCUCGGAUGAACGAGCGGGGCUGUGAGGGCUGGACGGUGUGCAGCCGCUGCGAGACAUACAGACCUCCCAGAGCGCACCACUGCAGGGUCUGCCAGAGGUGCAUCCGCCGCAUGGACCACCACUGUCCCUGGAUCAAUAAUUGUGUCGGGGAGUUGAACCAGAAAUAUUUCAUCCAGUUUCUCUUCUACACCGGCGUCGCCAGCCUGUACUCCAUGGUUCUGGUGGUGUGGGCCUGGGUGUGGCGGAUCCGGAACGAGAGGGAAGGCGACGCCGACAAGGAGGGAGACGAGUCGCCGAGCAAACAUCUGAUAGUAGCUCAUUACCUCAUCCUGCUGGUGGAGUCGGUUCUGUUUGGGGUGUUUGUCAUGGUCAUCUUCUACGAUCAGCUGAUCUCCAUCAUCACUGAUGAGACUCCCAUCGAACAGAUGAAGAACCGGCUGAUGAUCAGAGACCGGAGCUCCUCCUUUUCCUCCUUGCCGUCCUCCGCCUCUCCGCAGCAGCCGCCCCAUCACCUGCCGCACGCCACCCGCAAGCCCAAGCUGGCUCUGCUGAGGGAGGUCUUCGGUAGAGCUUCUUUGUCCAGGUUCGGUUUUCUGCUGGCUGCUGCCGCUCCACUCCAACCCGCCAUCAGCUGGAGGAAUCAUCUACUCCGCCCUGCCCGACUACGACGUCUGACCUCCAACCUCCGGCCUCUGACCUGUGAGCGGAGGAGCUGAUGUUUGUGUGCGAAGAAAUGACUUUGCUGCCUAAAAAUGAUGUCUCAUCUUUCAGCUGAGAGGUGAAAAUGAAGAAGGGAUGACUGAGCAGAGCCUGUUUGCAUUCAGAUGAUGAAUGAAUGAAUGAAGGAAUGAAUGAAUGAUGCACUGAGUCCUAAUGAUUUUACCCUCCAGGACCUAAAGAAGCGGUUUAGCUUCAGACUUAUCAAACACUUUUUACUGAAUUCCUGUGACGAGGAAACGACACUGAGCUUCUUGUGGCCCGAAGUUUUACGACCAGCAAUUCCUCAAACCUUUAUGUAUCUAUUUAUAGCAGCAUUUCUCUGGAAACUGGGAGAAUCAAUCCGUCUUUAAUGACUUUUGUCCUGGUUUAAACGGUAACCAUGCAGAACUCAUGCAGUGUGUACAUCAGGGAUGGACCGAAUGUGUCAAACUUCGACUAAUAUUUCAGUACAUUACUUUU